UCCGAAAUGUUAAUAAAAUUAAACAGGUUUUUAAUUCCUUUUAUUCGACUGAAUAAUAAAAAAAUGGCAAGUAGCGUUAAACUAUCUACAGCGGUUCCUAAAGAAGACACCAUCAAAGUCAGAGAUUGGGAUAUAAAUUAUUUAAUAGUGGGCAAUGGACCACACACCGUACUGCUAGCUCCCGGCGCGCUUGGCACAAUAUGGACGGACUUUAAACCGCAAGUGGAAGGCUUCGACAGCGAGAAGUUCACGGUCGUAGCCUGGGACCCGCCCGGCUACGGGAAGAGCAGGCCGCCGAUCAGGGAUUUCCCGGCUGAUUUCUAUGAAAAAGACGCUGAUUAUACAUACGAAUUCAUGAAAGCAUUGAAUAUAUCAAAGUAUUCUUUGUUGGGCUGGAGUGACGGAGGCAUUGUAAGCAUGAUCCAUGCGGCAAAAUACCCAGAGGCAGUGCGGAAGCUGGUGGUGUGGGGCACCAACUCACUCAUCCUGCCCCAUGAGCUAGAACUGUACAAGAAGACCAGAGACAUCAAAACAUGGUCAGAGAGAAUGAGGAAGCCAAUGAUAGAAGCAUAUGGUGAAGAGCUGUUUGCCAAGUACUGGGCGGAAUGGGUUGAUGCCAUGUCAGCCGUCUUCAAAGCUAACAAUGGGGACAUCUGCUCACAGCUACUCAAGGAUAUUGUGGCUCCAACCUUGAUACUUUAUGGCGAAAAAGAUCCUAUGGUUGAUAAUAUGCAUGUCUCACAUUUACAUACUCAUAUAAAAGGAUCAAGAAUACACUUGUACCCGGACGGCAAGCACAACAUCCAUCUUCGCUACGCGGAAGAUUUCAACCGCCGAGUUCAAGAUUUCUUACUACUACCUCCCGCGUAAUGCAUUUCGUAUAUUUACAAAUUAUCGAACUUCUACAGGUUUAUUAUGCCUAAGUUUUAAU